GUCGGGCCCUCCGGGAAGAUGGCCACGGUGGAAGGGGCUGAGGUGAAAGUGGAUGGCGAGCCGAAACUGAGCAAAAAGUGGUGGUGAUCAUUAGUUCCAGGGUGUUCUGCCAUGUUGAUGCAAGCUGCUGUAAGGCUUGUUAGGGGGUCCCUGCGCCAAACCUCCUGGGCAGAGUGGGGUCAGAGGGAACUUCGACUGGGUCAACUUGCUCCUUUCACAGCGCUUCACAAGGACAAGCCACUUUCUAAUAAAAGAAGUGAACUAAAGAGACGCCUGAAAGCUGAGAAGAAAGUGGCAGAGAAGGAGGCCAAGCAGAAAGAGCUCAGUGAGAAACAGCUAAGCCAGGCCACUGCUGCUGCCACCAACCAUGCCAAUGAAAAUGGUGUGGGUUCUGAGGAGGAGAGCCUGGACCCAAAUCAAUACUACAAGAUCCGCAGUCAAGCAGUCCAUCAGCUGAAGGUCAAUGGGGAGGACCCCUACCCACAUAAGUUCCAUGUAGAUAUCUCGCUCACUCACUUCAUCCAAGAAUAUAGUCACCUGCAGCCUGGGGAUCACCUGACUGACAUCACCUUGAAGGUGGCAGGUAGGAUCCAUGCCAAAAGAGCUUCUGGGGGAAAGCUCAUCUUCUAUGACCUUCGAGGAGAGGGGGUCAAGUUGCAAGUCAUGGCCAAUUCCAGGAAUUAUAAAUCGGAGGAAGAAUUUAUUCAUAUCAAUAACAAACUGCGCCGGGGAGACAUAAUUGGAGUUCAGGGGAAUCCUGGGAAAACCAAGAAGGGUGAGCUGAGUAUCAUUCCCUAUGAGAUCACACUGCUAUCUCCCUGCUUGCAUAUGCUACCUCAUCUUCACUUUGGCCUCAAAGACAAGGAAACAAGGUAUCGUCAGAGAUACUUGGACUUGAUCCUGAAUGACUUUGUGAGGCAGAAAUUUAUCAUUCGCUCUAAGAUCAUCACAUACAUACGAAGUUUCUUGGAUGAGUUGGGAUUUCUAGAGAUUGAAACUCCUAUGAUGAACAUCAUCCCAGGGGGAGCUGUGGCCAAGCCUUUCAUCACUUACCACAAUGAGCUGGACAUGAAUUUAUAUAUGAGAAUUGCUCCGGAACUGUACCAUAAGAUGCUGGUGGUCGGUGGCAUUGACCGGGUUUAUGAAAUUGGACGCCAGUUCCGGAAUGAAGGGAUUGAUUUGACUCACAAUCCUGAGUUCACCACCUGUGAGUUCUACAUGGCAUAUGCAGACUAUCAUGAUCUCAUGGAAAUCACAGAGAAGAUGGUUUCAGGAAUGGUGAAGAACAUUACAGGCAAUUACAAGAUCACCUACCACCCAGAUGGUCCCGAGGGCCAAGCCUAUGAGAUUGACUUCACUCCACCUUUCCGGAGAAUCAGCAUGGUAGAAGAGCUUGAGAAAGCUCUAGGGGUGAAGCUGCCAGAAACUAACCUCUUUGAAACUGAAGAAACUCGCAAAAUUCUUGAUGAUAUCUGUGUGGCAAAAGCCGUCGAAUGCCCUCCACCUCGGACCACAGCCAGGCUCCUUGAUAAGCUUGUUGGGGAGUUCCUGGAAGUGACAUGCAUCAAUCCUACGUUCAUCUGUGAUCACCCGCAGAUAAUGAGCCCUUUGGCUAAAUGGCACCGCUCUAAAGAGGGUUUGACCGAACGCUUUGAGCUAUUUGUCAUGAAGAAGGAAAUAUGCAAUGCCUACACUGAGCUGAAUGAUCCCAUGAGGCAGCGGCAGCUGUUUGAAGAACAGGCCAAGGCCAAGGCUGCUGGUGAUGAUGAGGCCAUGUUCAUAGAUGAAAACUUCUGCACUGCCCUGGAAUAUGGGCUGCCUCCCACAGCUGGCUGGGGCAUGGGCAUUGACCGCAUCACCAUGUUUCUCACAGAUUCCAAUAACAUCAAGGAGGUACUUCUGUUUCCUGCCAUGAAGCCUGAAGACAAGAAGGACACUGUAGCAACCACUGAUAGACCAGAAAGCACAACCGUUGGCACUUCUGUCUAGAAAACAAUUCCAGGGCAUGUAAGUCAGGAAUCCUUGCAUUUCUGCCAAAGAUCAGGUCUGAGGGAAUUCUUGUAUGUCGCCAUCUAUUUGACCACCACAGUUUAGUUCAGCCACCAGAAGAGAGAUGAAUUAAGAAUUUCUUUUUACUCCUUGUUACCAAAUAAACCAUUUGUCUCUUUA